UUAUCCACACACUCCCAACUGAUGUUGACGUCCUUCAGCCUCGAAAAACGGCCUGCCGAUCGGUUCUACCACUCGACAGUAUGAAUCCGCCGUCCGUUUUCGAAUUGGAUCCCAAGGACCCUGCACCUCCCUAUCCUCCUCCGCCGAAAUAUACUGGCCCUAUUACCGUCGCUGAGACAGGCAAUAAUCCCGCGCCGCAGCCUCCGCAGCCUCCGUCCGGUCCAUGUGGGUGGUCCCGCAUAACGAAAUGGCGAGUGGGGGCCCUCGUUGUUACAGCCCUGAUCGUGGCCGUGGUGGUCGGCGCUGUUGUCGGAGUCCGCAACCGUAACAACAAUCGAUAUCCUAACUACUCCAAGCUCAACUAUACGUUGGUGGAUACCUAUGAGGGGCCGUCGUUCUUCGACAACUUCGAUUUCUUUUCCGGCGAGGAUCCGACGUACGGAUUCGUUCAAUAUGUCAACCAAGAGGUGGCACAGGACUUGAACCUGACCCAUGCGACGGAUUAUUCCGCCAUUCUCAGAGUCGACACGUCCAACACCAACGCGGUAAAUGGACGACAAUCGGUCCGGAUUGAAUCCAAGCAGGCCUACGACACUGGCCUCUUCCUGUUCGAUGUCAUUCACUCUCCGUAUGGCUGUGGCACCUGGCCAGCCCUUUGGCUGACAGACCCCAAUAAUUGGCCUACAAAUGGUGAAAUCGACGUCAUGGAAUGGACCAACAUGGCGAACAAGGGAAACGAGGUGACUCUGCACACGACAUCCGGCUGCUCGAUGAAGGCGAAGCGGAAGCAGACGGGGUCUUCGGUGAUGACCGACUGUGAUACCAAGCACGGGAAUAUCGGCUGCGAGGUUCAAGGCCCGCCUAGUAGCGGUGGGAAGGCAUUUAACGAGAACGGCGGGGGAGUAAGUACUCCAUUCUUUCAAACUUUCAGUUGAUAUUAAUCUGUUAAUCUGACAGAUAUACGCCCUGGAACUCCGAGAUGCCGGUAUCAGAACCUGGUUCUUCCCUCGCGAUUCCAUCCCCAACGACAUCACCAACACGACCGGUUCCCCGGAUCCCUCGAGCUGGGAGGAGCCCUUGGCUGAUUUCCCCAGCACACACUGCGAUAUUCCCUCGCACUUCCGCAACCAGAGCAUCAUCGUUAAUAUCGAUCUGUGUGGUGAACUGGGCGCUCAACCCCGGUUAUACAAGGGCAUGUCUCACUGUCCGGGGACGUGUAAGAGGUUUGUUGCUACGAAUGCGACAAGUUUUCGGACAGCGUAUUGGGAGUUUGCUAGCUUCAAGGUCUACCAAGCGAGUUAGACUGUUUCUUUGGGUUAAUUUGGUUCUGAUGAAUUUGCUAUAAUGACCAUAAUAAUGUUUAUUUACGAAGUGAAUGUUUUUCGCUGGAAUGUUAGAACAACUACAAGAGUUAAUUAAUCUCCUUUGGAAGAGCUCGAAACAAUCUGGAAUAGAAGAGCAACCCC